UCUUUUUUUUUUUUUUUUUUUUUUUUACAAAAUAACGAUAGUUCCUCAAUUGCACGAGAGAGAUUAAGCUGCUACUAAUUUGCAAUACAACUACGUGGUUCUUACCUGUGUGUUAUGACAUUUCGUAGGUUGAGGCAACAAUCCAAAAAUGUAAAGACUAAAGCCGAUGUACGUUUAAUAAAAUAGCUGCUGGAAAAGGCAAAAUAUAAGUUGUUUGCGGAAAACUGAAGUCUGAAGUUAAAAAGUUUUUCUUAAAUGUCUAUGGCGUCCUCAAGUGGCGAGCUUCGUGAUUGCAUCAUUGGAAAAUUGCAUUGUAUAAUGAGUCCAAAAGAUAGAAUGCAUUUUCCCAAGAGAUCCACCGGGAUAUCCUCCCAACACGAACAGGGCUUCUUUUAACUUCUAGAAAAAAAACAACAAAAAAAAAAAACAUUUUUUAUUAAUACUGUGAACUGCCCAUAAUGCCUCAGUGCCCCUGACGCUUUACAUCAUUACAGUGUGCCGUGUGUAUGUUACUCAUCAGUCACUUGUUAACUAGCUUCUAGAGCAACAAUGCAGAAAUGAGCAAAGAAAGUGAAAAUACACAGUCAUCCUCAAAACCAGUGCCAGAAGAGCUAACAGCAAGAUGUGGGUCAGCUUCUUUAGCCUAGAGAUGGUUUGGUUUUGACAAAAAAGAAGGGCAACAAAAUUCGCCCAACUGUAUAAUUUGUUGUAUGCAGAUCGCCGUGUUGCAGAGCGCCACAACUAACCUCUUCCAUCUUCUCCGUACAAUGCACAAAACACUGUUUGAAGAGUAUGAAAGGCUUCAUACCGAACAAAACAUCCCUGCUGCUACAAACACGAUUUGCUCCUCCUUCAGUGAAGCUCCUCCCACAACAUUCGCACAUUCAGUGAAGCUCCUCCCACAACACGCACAUUUUCAGUAAAGCUCCUCCCACUACAAUCAAACUUUCGGUGAAGCUCCUCCCACUACAACCACGCCAUCAGUGAAGCUCCUCCCACUGCAGUUCAUCAAUAAAUGCUGGAAUAUUCCCAUCAGUCUACAAGUGAAGACCAGCAUCAAAGCAUCAGGAAGAAGUGAAAUCUGCAGAGACAGAGUUUAUUGAAGAACAGAGAGAUCAAGAACCCUGCACAAUGAACCAGACUGAAGAACAAACAGAGCUGAUUGAAGAAAACGAGGAGCAUGAAGAACUGAAUAAAGAGCAAGACAAACAUGUCAAAACUGGAGAAAAACCUUGCUCUCAAACCAAACAGAAAGAUUUAAAGAAGAAAAGAGAUGAGAAAUCUUUCAUCUGCACUCAGUGUGGAAAGAGUUUGGGAGGCAAACAGAGUCUUGAAAAUCACAUGAGGAUCCACACUGGAGAGAAACCAUACACAUGUGAUCAGUGUGAGAAGAGUUUCACACAAUCAGCAAACCUUAAGAUGCACAUGCACAUUCACACUGGAGAGAAACCUUACAAGUGUUCACAUUGCGACAAGAGAUUCAGUGUGUUAGGAUAUCUGAAAACACAUGAGAGGAUCCACACUGGAGAGAAACCAUACAGAUGUGAUCAGUGUGAGAAGAGCUUCACACAAUCAGCAAACCUUAAGAUGCACAUGCACAUUCACACUGGAGAGAAACCUUACAAGUGUUCACAUUGCGACAAGAGAUUCAGUGUGUUAGGAUAUCUGAAAGCACAUGAGAGGAUCCAUUCUGGAGAGAAACUGUUCACAUGUGAUCAGUGCGGGAAGAGUUUCACAGCAUCAUCAAACUUUAAGAACCACAUGAACAUCCACACUGGAGAAAAGCUGCAUGAAUGUGAUCAGUGCGGAAAAACAUUUUUGUGGUCCUCAGCACUGAAGAAUCACCUGAGAGUUCAUUCAAAGGAGAAACCACAUUCAUGUUCUUUGUGUGGAAAGAGUUUUUCACAACUGCAGAGUUUAAAAGUACAUCAGAAGAGACACGCUGGUGUGAGAGAAUAUAAAUGCUUUGAUUGUAAGAAGACUUUUAUUACAGCUCCACAUUUGAAGCGGCACCUGAUGAUCCACACUGGAGAGAAACCGUAUCACUGCACUGUAUGCAGGAAGAGUUUCAAUCAAUCAUCUAAUCUACGUGUUCACAAAAAGAUUCACAGUCAGUAGAUCAUCUUCAGAUCCAUAGUGCUCGUUGAAGCA